UCUCCAUGUGGAAGAGAGGUCUAUGUGCAAAAAGAUGAUGUAAAAAGAAAAUUAAUUUUGAAAUAUGUUUUAUCAGGUUAAACAUUGAGCACUUACAGUGAAGACCAAGACCUUCUGGUGCAGCACCAGCCACACAGAUAAAUAUUCUAUGAGAGAGAAUGUGAUACGGAAAAGAACAUCAAAAGUGCUAAAGGAAAAUAGGAGAGCCUGGCCAAGACUACACACUCAAGUAUCACCUUCUGCCUGAAGGUUUUCUGAUCUCUUUUGACCCCAAACUAGUGAUACUCCUCCUCCCUCCCAAGAGAGCUUGUAUUCUUUUCUUAUACUGUCUUCCAAAUAGAAUGCAAGAUCCUUGAGGUCAGGGAAUGUUUUACUUUAGUCUUUGUAGCCUCGCUAUUUAGGGCAGAACCUUCUGACUCUAAGCAUUAUGGUUACCACCUAGCUGCCCUUCCAGAAGCCCUCCCUAAUAAAAGUGUUCAACCAAUCAACGAGCAUUUAUCAUUGAUAAAUUUAUUGGCUAAGAAGAACCCAAAUCACAGCAUGAAUUGGACAGCAGUGAGCAACUGGACGUGAAGAAGGAAGAGGGAACCAGGGCUGGGCUUUGAAGGAAAAUAAGGAUUUAUCCUGGCAGAGAUGAGUCGAUGCAAUCCAGAUGUGGCAGGCAAGCUACGCAAGCAAUGGCGUUUUGAAGGCGAGAUUAUCCAUGACUGGUGGAUCAAAGUAAUAACAUGAUGGGGAAUCGUGGAGAGGGAACCCCGCGGCCUUGCCCUAGCGAACCGCUGGAGAUUGUUGGCCAGGGGAGUGACUUGGUCAGACCUAUCCCUUAGGAGACUAUUUUGGCGGCGGAAUAUCAAUCGAUCCCGACUGCUAGGGAAAAAAAGUUUCCACCCGUCGGUCACUUACUAAGCUUUUAGUAAGGGCGGUUAGGUGUGGCAGUGAAGGUGCCAGGCCUGGAGUCGGGAACACCCAUCUUCAGGAGUUCAAAUCCGGCCUCGGAUGCUUCCUGAGCGGGAGGCCGAGUGGAGCGGGAGGCCGAGUGGAGCGUGCAGAAACAAGAAGGGAACCACCCUUACUUUCAGCGAGCUUAUCUGUGGACUUGGGGCAUCUACCCAGAUGGACUUAACACGCAUUCAUUAUUUCUCCCAUUUCCUAUUAUUCUCCAAUUUUUUUUUUUUUUUUUUUUUUUUUGCGUUGACACGGAAGGACACAAACUCUGACAGAUCCCUACUUGGCAAACUGGGAAGGCCCGGAGGAUACGGUUUGGAUGCAUCUCCCCUGCUGCGCGCCCCCAGCCCCUGGGGGGAAGGGGGCGUAUGCUCGUGCACGGGUCGCGUGUGCGCUCCCGCGUUCGACCGGAGGCUGCCGGAGGGCCGUUUUGCCGCCUUUGUUUCCCCAGCAUUUAGCGGGGGCUUCCUGAAGGAGUUAAGCCAUGUAAAGUACUUGGCAAACUUUCCAGCGCUCCGUUCCCAAGCGCUGCUAUAUAAUUAUCACCGCCCGCCCGACGUAACAAGACUUCGGCCUCUCUGGAGUCCGGAAGACCGGAGCCCAAACUCCAGCCCAGACUCGCCCAGCUGGGGGGAUCCUGGGCACGUUCCCGAACCCUGUCUCCGUUUCUUCGUCGCAAAACGAGCUGGAGAAGGAACGGACAAAGCCCUCCUGUGUCCCCUGCCGAGGAAACCCUAAGGGAGGUCACCGAGAGUCGGACGAGACUGCCGAGCCGCAUUUCUCCGACGGCUUUCCUUUACCAAGAUGGCCUCCGCCCCGCGAUUCCCCAUUGGCCCCGGCCGCAUACGGGGGCGGGCCCACGAUUCCCUAUUCUCUCGGCCUUGGGGUGGAGCGGAGCCCGGCUCGGUCGGGGUCGCCGCCGGACGUGACGUCACUCACACGUCUCCGCCGCCGUCGGGGGCGGGGCCCUGAGGGAACCAGAACGAGGCUGGGGGAGGCCCGGACCGCGGAAGCGGAGAGGCCGACCGUCCUGGGCCCGAUGCCUGACCACGGGGACGUGAGUCUCCCCCCCGACGAGAGGGUCAGAGCCCUCAUCCAGGUGGGCAGCGCGGUGGAGGUCAACGAAGAUGUCCCCCCUCGCCGCUACUUUCGUUCCGGAGUGGAGAUCAUCCGCAUGGCGUCCAUUUACUCGGAGGAGGGCAACAUCGAGCACGCCUUCAUCCUCUACAACAAAUACAUCACGCUUUUCCUCGAGAAGCUCCCGAAGCACAGAGACUACAAGACGGCGGUCAUCCCGGAAAAGAAGGACACUGUGAAGAAACUCAAAGAGAUCGCCUUUCCCAAAGCGGAAGAGUUGAAGGAGGAGCUGUUGAAGAGAUACACCAAAGAAUAUGUGGAAUACAUUGGGAGAAAGAAGAAAGAAACUGAGGAGUUUGCUCGCAACUUGGCCCUCCAGCAGCAGCUGGAGGAGGAACGGCAAAGGGUGGCCCAGCAGAAGCAGCAGCAGGCGGAGCAGGAACAGUUCCACGCCUUUGAAGAGAUGAUCCGUCGGCAGGAACUGGAAAAGGAGCGGCUGCGGAUAGUGCAGGAGUUUGGGAAGCCGGACCCGGGCCCCGAGGUUCCGGGUGGGCCCCUGGUGCCCGGGGUGGAGAGGCCCCCGACGGAGGUGCUGCCCGUAGCGCCCGUAGCGCCCACAGUGCCGGGCCUGCCCAGCCCGGGGCCCACGCCAGCCAAGCCCCCGCUGGUGGACAGGUCCUUGAAGCCUGGAGCUCUGAGCAGCCCAGAACACACGUCUGCGAUAGAUGGCCUCCGCCACGUGGUGGUACCCCAGAUGCUGUGCCCACAGUUCCUCCAGCUGGCUGACGCCAACACUGUCCGUGGCGUGGAGACGUGCGGGAUCCUCUGUGGGAAGCUGAUGAAGAAUGAAUUCACCAUCACCCACGUCCUCAUCCCCAAGCAGAGUUCGGGGCCCGAUUACUGCAACACGGAGAACGAGGAGGAGCUGUUCCUCAUCCAGGACCAGCAGGGCCUCAUCACCCUGGGCUGGAUACACACUCACCCCACGCAGACGGCUUUCCUGUCCAGCGUGGACCUGCACACGCACUGCUCCUACCAGAUGAUGCUGCCGGAGUCGAUCGCCAUUGUCUGCUCCCCCAAGUUUCAGGAAACAGGAUUCUUUAGGCUGACGGACCACGGACUGGAGGAGAUCUCUUCCUGUCGCCAAAAAGGAUUUCAUCCCCACUGCAAGGAUCCCCCUCUGUUCUGUACCUGCAGCCACGUGACCGUUGUGGACCGGGCGGUCGUCAUGACCGACCUCCGAUGAAAAGUUGGCCUUAACCCCUUCCAGACACUGUCAAGAUCUCGCCCUUCUCUCUGUCGUCCAGAAAAGCUUGGGGGCUCGCGGGCGAGGUCUGCCUUUAGGUAGCGGGGGCCGUCUGGCUCCCCGAGGGAGAGCUGUUCCAGCCUCCGCGGUGUCGGGGCCCAUGGAACGCCCUUUUCUCCCUGGUAGCAUUAACCCGACUUCUCAGUUGUCUCUAACUUAGCUCCUCCUUUUCCCUCCUUGGCUCACUGCUGGGUUUGCUUCCAGUGAGCAUCUGCACGGGCAGAAAGUGCCGACCCAUCCAAGGCGCCGCUCGACGCUCCUUCCACUUAGGAAGGGGUUAAACAUGGGGACACCUUAAAGGUAGAAUUCUGGGUCCCCUGGCAGGCAGUCGCUUCCUUAAGAACGAGUGGAGCCCAGUUAAAUCUGGCCGGGCGGUCGAGGGAAACGCGGCCCACAAAACGCUCUGGUGCGGCUGGCCAGAGAUUUUGGUUGUUUAACAAGUAGUUCCCUGAAAUAAAGUGGCUAAUUAAACUCACCCGUUACCUUCUGCCCUGGAGUAACCGGCUGGAGCCGCGGUGUGUGUGCUCGGGCUUGGGGCGGCCCAGCAGUGGGCAUCUGUCCUGUCACGUUCCCCCCAUCAUCCCCCAUCCUGCCUUCUCUGUUUUCUCAUGAGCCAGAACGUCUUUCGCCAGAUGGAGAGGUGCCCUUCCCUGGGAUGGGAGGACUUUAUUGUGCCUCGAGGAAACCUUUCUUUGUCCAGAAUGGCGGGCUCCGGCCGUUUGCCGUCCCGUACCGUCUCCACCCCGGCCGUCUUCUGUGGACGCAUCGCCUUGGCUUUCUUUCCUUGAACCACAUCGUAUCCCAAGUGAGGGAUAGUUUGGAGCUGCUGUCGACUUUCCGUCCUAUCUCUUAAAAAAAAUGAUCGAGACCUUUUGUUUUUACAUCACGGUGGUUUCUGGGAGCACUGCUCCCCCCACUCUGCUUCCUCCAGAAUAGUCUUCCCUUGUUUCAGAGAAAGAACUAAUUACAAACACAAAUACGGUGAAUUCUGCAGACAACAGAUGGACAUCCUGCCCUCUGCCGGGAGGAGAGGCCCAGGACCGGCUGGGUUUGGGUCUUGUUCGUUUUGGGGCCUGGGUUGUUUUCACUGUUUGGCUUCUUUUGCCAAUAUUUUCAUUUACGUUUUUAUUUUUCAUUUAUUAUUAUCUUGGUUCUGCGGCUUUCCUGUGCAUCAGUUCAUACAAAGCUUCUAAAUUCUCUGAAAUUCUGGUAUUUGGGUUUUUGGGGUUUUUUUUUUAAUAAUAUAUUUUCUUCAAAAUACAUGCAAAGAUGGUUUUCACCCAUUCACCCUUGCAAAACCUUUGUUCCAAAUUUUUUUCCCUUCCUCUCACCCCUUCCCUUAGAUAGCAAAUAACCCAAUAUAUGUUGAACUUAUGUGCGAUUCUUCUCUAUAUAUCUCCACAAUUAUCAUGCGGCGCUAGAAAAAUCAGAUCAAAAAGGAAAAUAAAAUGAAAAAUAAAACAAAAUGCAAGCAAGCAAACAUCAGAAA